ACGACGCGUUUCCUUCGUCUUCGUCUUCUUCCUCUUCCCCACUUCAGGUGCUAUCAAUCACACCUCUCUCUUUCUUCCCGCAACAUCACUCAUGCAAGAAUCUCGAAUCUUACUCCGUCAUAUCCUCAAAUUAUCACAUCGAUCUCUGCGAACAUUAUUAUGAAGAAAACCCAAUUCCAGGGUGGGAUCUGUUGCCUCUAGCUUUGUAAACUCUCCUAUAUUUAUAAUUCUCAAUUCAGAAGUAUAAUUCAAUUCGAUUGAUUUGAUUUGAAAGCCAGAGAACAGUUGGUCUGUACCUUUAUAAUAUACGUGAAAAAGGGUUGUUUCUUUCUUGUUUUUUUUUUUCUUUUGUGGUUUACUAGGGUUAAGUUGAUCGUCGUUGGUCUUCAAUUUGAGAUCUGGAUGAUAGAGUUUGAAUUCAGGGGUUGAUAAAGAAAUUGAUUGACGAAAGAUGGAUAUGGAUUAUAAUGGCGAGGCGGGUUGUCUUGACCCUGAAUUGUUACAGCUGAAUGAAGUGUCUCCCUUGGCUAUUAAAUCAAAUCCUUAUGUUGCUGAGAAACUGUUCGAGCAAUGGCUUUCGCUUCCUGAAACCACUCCUUUGGUAAAAUCUUUGCUUAACAAUGCUAAGGCGGGUGUUCCAUUGAAUGUGUCUGGAUCAAUUUCCAGCCCAAAGGCCACUUCUGGAAACUCGAUACCUUCCAUGUUUCCUGGUGGCAGUACACCUCCACUUUCACCUCGGAGCUCUUCUGGUUCUCCUCGUAUUAUGAAACAGAGAGCAGGCCCAUCGGUCUUAGGUUCUCCUUUGAAGUUAGUGAGCGAGCCAGCAAAAGAGUUGAUACCUCAGUUCUACUUUCAGAAUGGUCGUCCACCCCCAAAUGAACUUAAAGAACGAUGUUUGUUUCGAAGUAACCAAUUUUUCUAUGGUCAUAUGGAAGGAUUACAACUGCAUGAAUUCAAACCAGUUACGAAGGAAAUUUGCAAGCUGCCAUCAUUUUUCUCCACCGCUCUUUUUAAAAAGAUUGACGUUAAUGGCACUGGCGUUGUGACCAGGGAUGCAUUUGUUGACUACUGGGUCCACAGCAACAUGCUGACGAAAGAUAUAGCAACACAGAUAUUUGCAAUAUUGAAGCAGCCUGAUUUGAGAUAUCUAACUCAUGAGGACUUCAAACCCAUACUUCGUGAACUUUUGACAACUCAUCCAGGUCUGGAGUUCCUACAAAGCACACCCGAAUUUCAGGAGAGAUAUGCUGAAACGGUAAUAUACAGAAUAUUUUACUACGUGAAUAGAGCGGGUAAUGGUCGUCUAACCCUCAGGGAGCUGAAACGUGGAAAUCUAAUCGCUGCAAUGCUGCAUGCAGAUGAAGAAGAGGACAUAAACAAAGUUUUGAGAUAUUUCUCUUACGAGCACUUCUAUGUCAUAUAUUGCAAGUUCUGGGAGUUGGACACGGAUCAUGAUUUUUUAAUUGAUAAAGAGAACCUCAUAAGAUAUGGCAACCAUGCAUUGACCUACAGGAUUGUUGACAGAAUAUUUUCCCAGGUUCCAAGAAAGUUCACCAGUAAGGUUGAAGGGAAAAUGGGAUAUGAAGAUUUUGUCUAUUUCAUUUUGUCUGAAGAGGAUAAAUCAUCUGAGCCAAGUCUUGAGUACUGGUUCAAGUGCAUAGACUUGGAUGGAAAUGGGGUGCUGACCAGGAAUGAGAUGCAAUUCUUCUAUGAGGAACAGUUGCAUCGCAUGGAAUGCAUGGCUCAAGAGCCUGUUCUUUUUGAGGACAUAUUAUGUCAGAUAGUUGACAUGAUUGGACCAAAGGACGAGGGAUAUGUUACUCUUCGUGACUUGAAAGGAAACAAACUUUCUGGCAGUGCUUUCAAUAUCCUUUUCAAUCUCAACAAAUUCAUGGCCUAUGAAAGUCGUGACCCCUUCCUCAUUCGUCAGGAACGUGAGAAUCCGACAUUGACAGAAUGGGAUCGGUUUGCGCAUCGGGAAUAUAUUAGGCUUUCAAUGGAGGAAGAUGCUGAAGAUGCCUCUAAUGGUAGUGCAGAUGUAUGGGAUGAAUCUCUUGAAGCCCCCUUCUAAGUUCUAGUUGGGAGGAUACUAAUUGAGACGAGUUCAAACAUUCUUUAAUUUAAGCGGGAUUGCCCAACAAGAAGGCUGCAAAGCUUUUCGAUCAGUCACCAAGUAUGAUGAAGCUGAAAGGAUUAAUCUCCACAAGAUACAUCCAGCAAAUCAAAAAGGGGUUUCCAGUUUCCAAAUUGCACGUCAGCAGAAGGGUCUUGGCUAGAAGAUGAAGUCAUUCUCAGGUGAUUUAAUUGGAGACAUUUCAGUGUUCUGGAAACAUAUUGCUUUUUAGCAUUUUCCCUUUAGAAACUGCUUUCUCUUCCAUCUCCCAAAAGGGUGUUAUGUUCAUAACAUCUUUAAAAUGUGCAUUAACAUUUCCUUAAUGGCAUAGGCUGCUCAGGUUCUACUUCAACUUCAUAUCUUUGAUGUAGUUUUAAUUUUCAAUUCCUACUGGACAUAUUUGUUUCAAUGUCAAUUGAGAUUUCUGUAUGUAAUGUCUUCAUUAAUGGACAUAGAGAUAGAAUGGCACUAGUUUCGUAUUUUUGGCAGGAUUUCUUAUUUUAAGUCGACGAUGUGGCUUUCCCUUCAACUAAGGAUGACUUGCAAACAGUAGAUUUGUUGUGUUUCUUUUUAACGAAAUCAAUGUUUUGAUCGUUCAGAUA